AUGGGGCAGUCACAGGCUCCAAUCAAUCCUCUCUGUGUCUAUUCAGCAUCGCAGCGAAAGCCAAAGAAGAACAGAUCCAAAGCAUCGUCGCGCCUAGUUGGCGAGAAUCGCAAUCUGGAAAAAUGCUAUUUGCGGCUGACCACGUUUCCUCGAAAACAAGAUGUUCGCCCUCUCGACGUAUUGAGACAAGCGUUGGCUCACAUUAAAGCAAAGUAUAUUCAGGAAGAAGAUUUUGGCUGGGCCAAUGAGCAGUUGAAAAGCCUACGACAAGAUAUGACAGUGCAAAGGAUUCGGAAUUAUUUCGUUCUCUCCGUAUACGAAACGCAUGCCCGUAUCCUGUUGGAGCAUGGCAAUCUGAAUGAAUUUAAUCAAUGCCAAACUAUGUUACGAAGCUUGACAGACGGUGAUAGAGCAGGGAGGGAUUCAGAGCUGAACGACAUUUUGUUUGAAACCGACGAUGAGGGCGACUUCCAUUUCAUCUCACUUGCACAAUCACGCAAAACGGCCGAUGAGUUUCGAGCAUAUGCGUUGCUGUACGCGCUUGUUCAAAGAUGUUGGUCCACUCUUAAAGUAGACUUGGUUCGCGCCAAAGCCUCGAUGCGAGAUUUGGAAGCGGAAGAAUUGGAGAGUGCCAGUCGGCACGCCCUAAGGGUGGUGACAGCUGUGAACACACACGACUAUCGCUUUUUCUUCCGUUUGUACGAAGUGGCACCCAACAUGUCGGCAUGCUUGAUGGAUUUUUUGGUCAAGCGCGUCCGCGAUCACGCAUACCAACGAAUAGUUGCGGCCCAUCGACCUUGUGUGAGUGUCGAGCAGUUUCGGGAAUGGAUGGUUUUUUCUGACUUGGAAGAAACACGUCAGUAUCUCAACGAGAGAGGAGCAAUAUAUGUUUAUGAGCAAGGAGAAGCCCCUAUUUGGGUGGAUUGCAAACAGUCUAUGGUAGGAAAUGAAUGGAUCAAAGCCUAG